AUGCCUACUUUGAAACGUCCGGCUUCGGCAUGUCUGUUCGGCACUGCUGCCAAAAAGCGACCUGCUAGUGGCAGCAUCAAGGAUGUCGUUGGUGAGUUACAGGCUGGGCUUGGUGAUGAAGAAGGUGAAGCUGACAAAGGAGAACUGGUGGCGAGGGACAAACAGAAAGCCCAAAAGUUUCACAAGAUGAUGUCUCAAGGUACCCUGCCGGAACACAUUGUCCAUAUGUUCAAUGUCGAGAGCAAGAAAGCCAAGGAAGGUCAACGGGCAUACCAAUCCAAACUUAUCAACCAGCUUUUCAGCAAAGGUGCAGAUGGCGCAUUUCGACUCAUGACGGAUCGACAGGAGUUCCAAGAGUACCGGGCAAUCUUCCACCGUUCGAUUGCCAAGGACAAAACCGAAGGUUUGCCACGCACACUGAUGCUGGCAUCCCAUUUUCAUGGGAACGAAACUUUGAUGAAGAAGGCCAUCGACAAUGGGGAGCUGGUAUCAAAGACCGACCCCGUCUCCAAGAUUGAAUACCUGGAGUUCAGAAAACUUUCCAGCGCAGAGAUCCGAGGCAGCGAGGAAGGGGAACGUGUGGAAGGUAUGAAAAAGAUUUCCAAAGAGCAAGCUCAUAUCAUCGCGGACGUCAUGAUGAAGCUCAAGUGGAAAUUCCAGUUGACGAAGGCUGAAGAGAAGGCCUUGGAGGAUACGAAUGAAGUCCCGGAUGGCAUCAAGAAGCUGGCUACAAAGGCCAAGGAGGCUUGUGAGCGUCUCUUGAAGGAUGGUUCCAAGCUUGUCAGCAACAGCGACUUUCAGAAGGAGGUGAAGGAAGGCUACAAGAUCCUCACCAACAACAUCACGAACCUGAACAACUUGCUGAUGUUCAACGAGUUGCCAGACAAAGCUUUGAUUAACAAAGUGAGUUUGGACAACUUCAUCGGCAACAUUGCCUUGGAUGUGGACAAGUACAACGGUGAGAUUCAGGCGGCAAAAGCCAGGGCCAAGACGAAGUCCUGA